AAUACGUGGACGAUUCUUUAAUCUUUCUUUCCUCAAAUUUUUUCUUCUUUUCUUCAUUUUUAUUUUCUGGUCUUCGGUGCAAAUCUUGAAUUCUAUGCCCUAGUUUUCGCUCUCCGGUUCCUUCCCACAAUGUCCGGCGACACCUCCUUCGCGGACCACAAGCUCUGCGGUUUCCUCUGUGCGGUUCUCACAGCCACUGACCGCGACUCCGAUCCAGCCUUCGCUGAGCGCUGCGAAAUCUUUAGCGACGGGGGUGAGGUCGGGUUCCGCUCCCAAACCGGCGUCGUUUUGUCUACGGUGGUGAAUUCAUCUCAAUGCGGCGGCGGCGGCGGAGGAUCGAAAGCCAAGAGGACGCACAGCGUUGGGAUGGUGAAUGGGAGCAUGAGCGUGGUUCACCAGCUCCAUGCUAUGGUCACUCGCAAGUGCGCGAAAGUUGACGCACGCGUGGUGUGCGUCGAGUCGCCUAGGGUUGUGCUGCUGGUUGAAGUGUAUCUUCCUAUUCAAGUGUGGAGUGGCUGGCAGUUCCCGCGGUCGGGGGCAGUUGCCGCCGCCAUUUUUCGCCAUUUGAGCUGUGAUUGGGAUGAGCGAAGUUCAAUGCUUUCAUAUCCAGACUAUUGUAGGAAGACUUAUGGAGCAAAUGAGAGUAAUUGGAACCUUUCUGAUUGACAUGUACUUUGUUGCAAGCUCCAUCCCCAUGUUAGCAGUUCUUCAAGGAAAAGCCUAUUUGAACUUCAUGAACUUUUCAAGACACUACCUGGCAUAGGAAAACAACGGAUGUUUAAUAGCUCCAAAAUAAUUCCUAUGGAUCACUCAUGCAGAUGGGGCAUUUGGGAGUUAUCUGAUGAUAUUUUAACAAAAAUUUUAUCUUCCCUGGACCCAAUGGACCUCACUAGGGUUUCUGAAACGUGUCAUCAUCUAAGAUCAUUGGCUGCUUCUGUAAUGCCUUGUACAAAGUUAAAUCUGUUUCCUCAUCAGCUGACAGCUGUUGAGUGGAUGUUGCAUCGUGAGCGAAAUGCUGAGCUUUCGCCACACCCUUUAUAUGCAUUUCUCUCAACUGAAGAUGGUUUUAAUUUCCAUGUAAAUACCGUUUCUGGUGAAAUUGUCACUGGGGAAGCUCCCACCAUCAGGGAUUUUCGAGGAGGAAUGUUUUGUGAUGAACCUGGUUUGGGUAAGACUGUAACUGCACUCUCUCUUAUUAUGAAGACACGAGGUACAUUGGCAGAUCCACCAGAUGAGGCACAAGUUGUCUGGUGUCAACAUAAUGGUAAUCAGAAAUGUGGUUAUUAUGAGAUCAGUGGUAAUAACAUAACUGGUUGUUCUGCAUUGGGUAAAAGGAACGUGAGCCAAUAUAUCAGUAGAACUAAUGAUAACCAUGAAUACUCCUCCAAAAAAGCCAGAAUGUCAAAUCCUGACCAACACAUGAUUAAACUUCAGAGUUCAUGUUCCAUGGAAGUAAACAAAUCACCUGUGGAGGCACGGUUUAAGGAAUCUAUGCAUUCAAAUCAGUAUACUAGGAGUUUGAGCCGCAUAAAGAAAAAUCUAUGCUUCACAAACGAAGAGGAAGCUAUAAUAUCCAAGGAAAGAGAAACUGAAGGAUUAAUUAAAGCAAAUCAUGCCUCAGAUGUUACACCUCAUUUAUCUCAAAAGAAGCUGCCUGGGAAGCCUGAAGGUGAUCCUUUUGAGUACAGUGAUACAUGGAUUCAGUGUGAUGCUUGUCACAAGUGGCGAAAGCUGGCAGACAAUAGUAUGGCUAGUUCUAGUGCAGCAUGGUUUUGUAGUAUGAACCCUGACCCUCUUUAUCAAAGUUGUAGUGUCCCUGAACAACAUUUUCGUUCUACAUCUAGGAUAACAUACUUGCCAGGGUUUCACUUAAAAGGAACUCAUGGUGGUGACAGACAAAAUGUUUCUUUUUUCACCAGCGUGCUUAAGGAGCACUACUCACUGAUAAAUUCUCAGACGAAAAAAGCCCUGUCCUGGUUGGCUAAAAUUUCAACAGACAAGCUAGCAGCUAUGGAAACAAAUGGAAUAAGAGGUCCUAUUUUAAACACGUGUACUGCAUCUGGCAGACAUUUUAAUGCCUUCCACAAAGUAUUUCAAGCAUUUGGCCUCUUAAAGAGAGUAGACAAAGGUGUGUGCAAGUGGUUCUAUCCUCAACAUCUUAACAAUUUGACUUUUGAUGUGGCUGCCCUUGGCAUGGCACUCCGUGAGCCUAUAGAUUUUGUUAGGUUAUACUUGUCAAGGGCUACCCUGGUAGUUGUUCCAGCAAACUUGGUUGAUCAUUGGAAAACACAAAUAGAAAAGCAUGUGAGGCCUGGUCAAUUGCGGAUUUAUGUUUGGACUGAUCACAGGAAGCCAUCUGUGCAUUGUCUUGCAUGGGAUUACGACAUUGUCAUAACCACUUUUAGUCGUCUAAGUGCUGAGUGGGGCCCUCGUAAGAGGAGUGUUUUGAUGCAAGUACAUUGGUUUCGGGUAAUUUUAGAUGAGGGGCACACUCUUGGGUCUAGCCUGAACUUAACAAACAAGUUGCAAAUGGCCAUUUCAUUGAUAGCUUCUAAUCGAUGGAUACUAACAGGAACUCCUACACCUAACACUCCUAACAGCCAACUUCCACAUCUGCAAACAUUGCUAAGGUUCCUUCAUGAAGAAUCUUAUGGACUGAAUCAAAAGUCAUGGGAAGCUGGUGUGCUCAGGCCAUUUGAAGCAGAAAUGGAGGAAGGAAGGUCUCGUCUGUUAGAUCUGCUUCACAAAUGCAUGAUUAGUGCUAGAAAGACAGAUUUACAAAGCAUCCCACCAUGCAUCAAGAAAGUUGUUUAUCUGGAUUUUAAUGAGGAGCAUGCUAGAAGUUACAAUGAAUUGGUAAUCACUGUAAGGCGUAAUAUAUUGAUGGCUGAUUGGAAUGAUCCCUCACAUGUUGAGAGUCUACUGAAUCCAAAGCAGUGGAAGUUUCGUAGGGCAACUAUAAAAAAUGUCAGGCUUUCGUGUUGUGUUGCUGGACAUAUUAAGGUUACACAUGCUGGUGAAGAUAUUCAAGAAACAAUGGAUAUGUUAGUACAAAGUGGUCUGGAUCCUACUUCUGGAGAGUAUACCUCCAUAAGAUGUAAUCUCUUGUAUGGUGGUCACUGUGUCAGGUGCAAGGAAUGGUGCCGCCUUCCGGUCAUUACACCAUGUCGGCAUUUGUUGUGUCUUGAUUGUGUUUCUAUUGACCAUACGAAGUGUACUUGUCCUGGCUGCAGUAAAUUGUAUGAGAUGCAAAGUAGACUUCCCCGACCUGAAAAUCCUAAUCCAAAGUGGCCUGUACCCAAAGAUCUUAUUGAGCUACAACCGUCGUAUAAGCAGGAUAAUUGGGAUCCAGAUUGGCAAUCUACAUCUAGUACUAAAGUCUCCUAUCUUGUCCAGAAGUUGAAAGCCUUGCAAGGAACCAACGAAGAGACCAGCUUCUGUGCAGACAAUAACAAUGAUGAGAUGCCUAAUGAGAAUAGUUUCUCUGUGCAUAGAAGUGAUGAUAAAUUAGCAUUUCAAAAAUGUUUGAAGAGCGGCACAAAAACCAAUUCUAACCUUGAGAAAGUUCUUAUAUUUUCUCAAUUUCUUGAGCAUAUACAUGUCAUCGAACAGCAGUUAGCUAUUGCUGGUAUCAAAUAUGCUGGAAUGUAUAGCCCAAUGCAUUCCAGCAACAAGAAGAAGUCUUUAGCCACGUUCCAGCAUGAUUCAAGUUGUAUGGCGCUUCUAAUGGAUGGAAGUGCUGCAUUGGGUCUGGACUUGAGUUUUGUUACGCAUGUAUUUCUAAUGGAGCCAAUUUGGGACAGAAGUAUGGAGGAGCAAGUAAUUAGUCGUGCGCAUCGAAUGGGUGCUUCUCGUCCUAUUCAUGUUGAAACACUAGCAAUGCAUGGUACAAUUGAAGAACAAAUGCUAGGCUUUUUACAGGAAGCUGAUAAAUGUAGAAGAUCGCCAAUUAAGGAUGUUGCCGACUCUGAGGAUGAUGGCGGGGGACGAGGAUAUAAAUCAUUGCAUGAUUUUGCGGAAAGCAGUUAUCUAUUGAAACUAAGAUCUGUGUAUACUAAUUCAGAAUGUCCAGAAGGUGUUUUGAUUGAUCAACAUCAAGCAAGUUCUAACUAAUUUGCGUAGAGCAGGUUUUGUGGACAUUUGCCCCUGAAUAUGGUUUCACUUUCUGGAUAUAGUCUUAGAAAUGCUCAUCUAAUGAAAUAUGGUGCUGCAUUCAAAAGCGUGGAAACCAUUCUUUUUGUAAAAUAUAUCAUGGAGCUCUUCACAACGCCACUUCUGUUUGCCAGUGAUUAAUGAAAAACUGGAAGAUUCCUGUGUAUUCUUUUGUAGAGGAUUGAGUCCAGUUGAUGUGAUCUUGGUGGCAGUUUGGAGUCAAUAAUUAAAUUUAAAUCGAUUGUUUUGGUUAUUGGAAAAUGCAAUGUUCUUUUCCCCUCUGACCUCGGCAAAUGUCAUGUAUUUAUGUCUAUAUCCAUUUCAUUACAUGCAGGUAAUUAUGUAAUUAUUAGUGAAU